CCCGCCGCGCCGCAGCCGGAGAAGCUACUGCGCCGCGACGCCCCCGCGCAGGGCGGGCCUGCGCGCUUAUUCCGCCCGGGAGCAGCGCCGCGCCGAGCCCGCUGCCGGCCGCCCCUGCGGGAUGCUGCGCUCCACGUCCACCGUCACCCUGCUCUCGGGCGGCGGCGCCAGGGCGCCCGGGGCGCCCAGCAGGAGGGCAAAUGUCUGCAGACUACGGCUGACUGUCCCUCCCGAGAAUCCAGUUUCUGAGCAAAGUGAAAAGAAGAUUGAAAGAAAAGAGCAAUAUCCUGACCUAAGCAAUGGAGAACCGGCCAGGAAACUUCCUCAGGGCGUUGUCUAUGGAGUGGUGCGAAGGUCAGAUCAAAAUCAGCAGAAGGAAAUGGUGGUGUAUGGGUGGUCCACCAAUCAGCUGAAAGAAGAGAUGAACUACAUCAAAGAUGUGAGAGCCACUUUGGAAAAAGUAAGGAAGCGAAUGUACGGAGACUAUGAUGAAAUGAGACGGAAGAUUCGACAGCUCACCCAGGAACUGUCUGUUUCACAGGCUCAGCAGGACUAUCUAGAGAAUCACAUCCAAACACAGUCGUCAGCCCUGGAUAGUUUUAAUGCCAUGAACUCAGCUUUGGCGUCGGAUUCCAUUGACCUGCAGAAAACCCUUGUGGAUGUUACUUUGGAAAAUAGUGACAUCAAGGAUCAAAUCAGAAAUUUGCAGCAGACGUAUGAAGCAUCCAUGGACAAGCUUCGGGAAAAGCAGAGGCAGUUAGAGGUGGCGCAAGUGGAGAACAAGCUGCUGAGGAUGAAGGUGGAAUCGUCCCAAGAAGCCAACGCCGAGGUGAUGAGAGAGAUGACCAAGAAGCUGUACAGCCAGUACGAAGAGAAGCUGCACGAAGAGCAGCAGAAGCACAAUGCUGAGAAAGAGGCUCUGCUGGAGGAAACCAAUAGUUUUCUGAAAGCGAUUGAAGAAGCCAAUAAGAAGAUGCGAGCAGCAGAGAUCAGCCUAGAGGAGAAAGACCAGAGGAUUGGAGAGCUGGACAGGCUGAUUGAGCGCAUGGAAAAGGAACGCCACCAACUACAACUACAGCUCCUAGAGCAUGAAACGGAAAUGUCAGGGGAAAUAACUGAUUCUGACAAGGAAAGGUAUCAGCAGCUGGAGGAGGCAUCUGCCAGCCUCCGCGAACGGAUCAGACACCUAGAUGACAUGGUGCAUUGCCAGCAGAAGAAAGUCAAGCAGAUGGUUGAGGAGAUUGAAUCAUUAAAGAAAAAGGUGCAACAGAAACAGCUCUUAAUACUGCAGCUUUUAGAAAAGAUAUCUUUCUUAGAAGGAGAGAAUAAUGAACUACAAAGCAGAUUGGACUAUUUAAUAGAAACUCAGUCCAAGACUGAUGUGGAAACCAGAGAGAUUGGAGUGAGCUGUGAUCUUCUACCCAGAAAAUUCAUUUACAAAUUGCCCGACAAAGGUAAAAAGAUAUUAGACUCUGUUGCCAAAGUGAGAGCUGCCAUUGCAGAAUAUGAAGAAUUUAGAGGGAAAAGUAAACUGUUUCAUCCUGUUAGUGUAGACCGUAAGCUAAGGCAAAGAGCAGUAGCAGGUGUGGACACGGAUAAGGCCCACAACUCUGACCAGAUCCUUGAUACUUCAUCACUAGUUCCUGGCCGUUCCUCUGUAGACAACAUCAAGUCAUCUAAAACAACCUCACAACGACAGGGACUUGUACAUCCUACUCGCAGAGGCGAUGCAGGGGCUUCAGAAGUUUGGUACACAGUGAACAGCUGCCCAGCUUCCAGCAGCAGAGCCAGGGUGCCCUCCUCGUCUGAAGCUGGUGCGCAUCUCCCUCAGCAUCGUGUUGCAAGUCAAGCAGAAGAUCGUUCCAGCAGCUCUGACAACCUGGUUAUUGAUAGGUUACAAAGGAUCACAAUUGCAGACCCAGGUGAACACCAUUUGGAAGAAAACUCGAGUCCUGAGAACUUGACAGGCCUUUGUAGUGGGCCUCAGAAGAAGCCUCAUUACAUGGAAGUACUCGAAAUGCGAGCCAAAAACCCAGUGCCGCCACCACACAAAUUUAAAACCAAUGUUUUACCUUCACAACAACAUGGUUCACCGAGUGAUUGUCGGAGAAGAGGGUCUCCUGUGUCCUCAGAAGAAAGGCGGCGCAGGGAGAAGCAGCAUCUGGAUGACAUCACGGCAGCUCGGCUUCUCCCACUUCAUCACCUGCCUACGCAGCUGCUCUCCAUAGAAGAAUCUUUGGCGCUUCAGAAACAGCAGAAACAGAGUUACGAGGAGAUGCAAGCCAAGCUCGCAGCACAAAAAUUGGCUGAAAGAUUGAAUAUUAAAAUGCAGAGCUAUAAUCCAGAAGGGGAGACUUUGAGGAAAUACCGAGAAGUAAGGGAUGAAGAUGAUGAUCAGUCCUCUGAUGAUGAAUUCUGAAGACGGGCAUGACAGGCAUUGGGAUAAUCUCCUAAAUCUCUGCCUGUUGAGAUGUCAUCGUCAUACAUCAGGCUUUCUACCAAGUAUCAAGAUCAGUGUCAGACAUUGUUGAGGGAAAGAAUUUUUAAAAAUUACAUAAAGGUAGCUAUAAAAGUAGCCCAGUUUGUCCUUCAGAAGAUAACUUUCAUGUGCUCAAAAAGUUUAAUAUUUGAAUGUUGUGUUUAACCACGUUGUGUUAAAGUUUUGCACUAUGUCGUAUGUUGGUCUGGUAUUUUAGUAUAUAGUAGAGCACAUUUUUUUUUUUCUAAGCCAAAUCUAAGCAGGUGGCUGCUUUUUUUCCUUAUUAUUUCCUUUAUCAAUUAGCAUUUAUCACGUCUUUCAGUGAAACAUUUAGUUGUCCCAGGCAUCGCCUAAUAUGAAUUAGGACAAUAUAGUUCCCUCCUAUUUUGAGUAAUGAAGGGAGCAGUGUAGCAAAUUUUAUGCAUGUCUGCAUGGGGUUAUUGAGGUAUUGGCUGUGAGGUACCUGGGAAGACACCCAUAGAAAAUACUUAACAAAUGUUUGUUUCCUUCUUCUGUCUUCCCUUAAGAAGAAACGUUAUCUUCUGAUUAGGAAUAAGAAGUACUGUCAGUAGCUGCUGGAGGGUGGAUGGUCUUUCUAGAUCACCAGAGUUGCCUGGAGUAACAUGAGGUUUAGGAACAGUCUGAGAUGACUCCUCCAGCUGAAGGGAGUAGCUCCUCCUGCGUUUGCCUGACGAGUUCAUUGCUCUUAGCAGAUGAUGGGUUCAGUUACAGUACAGUAACGUUUGCUAAGAAAACCUAUUUUUUUUAAAGCUACAAUGGAAAUGUUGUCAAUACCUUGCUUUUUUUCCCCCCAAAAGAGGCAUAUGUAGGCUACAGAAACCUCAAGCUAACAUGUUUCUGUAAUUUUAAAGGAUUAUAUAGUUGUCUCCAGAGAAAUUAACACUUAUGUUAUCAGUUCUUUGUCUAAUAUGUUGGAGCCUUUAAACAGUGUUGAAGGGAAGAAUAAAAAUUAGAGCAACUUCAAGAUGUUAAUGGUGAUGUUUUGCUGGUGCUUAAUUAAAUUUAAUUCCUUACUGUAAAAGAGACUGUUCACUUAGGAAAUUUGACUGAAGGUACACGUAGGACCGAUGUUUGUGUGAUGGCGAGGGCUCCAUUCUGUAUCACGCACUUCCAGUUGUGUCUACUGCUUUACCUCCCCCUUUUGUCCCCUCAAAAAGCAAAUGUAAAAAGUAAACUGAGCUAGCAAGUUCAUUAGUUUUUAAAACUAAUAGCAGAUGAUUUCACAACAUAAAUUAUUUGAUGUUCUUUCUUUGUAGAAUAACACAUGUCAUUUCUGGAAAGCGGGAUAAUACGGAAGGGCUCUCGUGCGUGUGCAUACAGUCUCUUGUAAACCUACUAGCCAGAGGGAGCCCCUGUUAACCUUUGGGUAUAUGUUCUUUGACUUACUUUUCUAUGUAUAGCUAGGCGUUUAUAUUUUCAGUGAUGUGAUCAUGCUGCACGUUGGUUCAUAGUGUAUAGGUUGUAAACAUUUUCCUACAUUAAAUAGUUUGCAUUUUAGAUAGCUACAGGAUGUUCCAUUUUAUGGGUAUACUGUAAGUUUUAAAAUCAACUUAUUGUGCGACAGUUUGAUUGUUAAUUAUAAUGUAACCUGUAAACCGUGAUGCAAUCAACAUCUUUAAAGAUAAUCAUGUUGUAUAAAAAUGACUUAUUUCCAGAAGAUACCUUUCUAGAAGUGAAAUUGCUAGGUGAGAGUGUAAGUAAAUUUUUGCGAAUCUUGAUAUAUAUCACUCACCACAAAGACUGUGUUCCUUUACAUUCUCGUUAGCAAUAUAUCAAAUUCCCAGAAUUGAAAAUUACUGUUUAAAAUCUUUGCAGAAUGAAUAAUUGCAGAAAAGGAUUACCUUAAAAUUUGUGUUUGAUUACUUAGUGAAGGUUGAGUGUUUAUUUAUGUUUAUUGGCCAUUUAUAUUCAUUCUUUUGAGCAUUGCAUAUUCCUGUCUUUCCUAUAUUCUCGGAGUGUUUGCCAUUUUUAUCAGUUUCUAAGUUCCUUGUGAAUUAAGAUGUCCGUCUUUUGUCAUAUGUCAUUAUCCUUUUAGUGUGUUAUUUGCCUUUUAAUACAGUUCGUGGUGUUUCCGUGUUGAAGUUGUUUUCUUUAAGAGCCUGCCUUUGCGCAUGCGCUUGAGCAUCCGUUCCCUACCCCAAGGAUGCGUAUGUAUUUAUCCUUAUUUUCUGCUAAUACCAUUAAAGUUUUUUCACUUUUACACAUCUGUAAUUCAAAAGGCAGUUUUCAAUCCAUCUCAGAUUUACUUGGGGCUAUUGUAUGAGGUGAAGAUUUAAUAGUAAUUUUUGCAAAUGGUUGACCAGAUUGGUUCAGUAUUAUAAACCACUAUUUCCCCACUGAUUUGUAGUGCUGUCGUUAUAGAAUAUUAAAUUCCUGUGUGUCUUGGGCCUAUUUCUAGGUCUUCUAGUGUUUUUCACACUUUAAAUAAUCAUGGCUUUAAUCAGUGUUAGUAUUUGGUAGUACCAGCCCUGUUCUUCUAAAGUUUGUGAAAUAUAACCUACAGAAAAGUACAUAAAACAGAUGUGCAGUUAAAUGGAUAAAGCAAACAGUUGUGUAAUCACAAACCAGAUGCAGAAAAACUACUGCCAGCACUCCAGAAUCCUGAGUGUCCCCUCGUGACACCACCUUUGUCCCCUAGGGGUAACUACAAUCCUAACUUAUGGUAAUACCACUUUCAAAAGAAUGGUUUUACCAGUUAUGUAUGCAAAUCAUAUGGUUGAUUGGUUUUGCCCACUUUUGUCUUACAUAAAAAUGGAAUCAUACUGUGUGUUGUGUCUGGUAUCUUUCACUCAACAUUGCUUAUAAAAUUCAUGUCACA